AUGGCCCAGUGGUGCCAGCUGCAACUACUGGAGUCUAAAUACCUGGAGCAGGUCGACCAGCUCUACGAUGACUCCUUCCCCAUGGACAUCAGACAGUACCUCAGCAAAUGGAUUGAGAGCAUCGACUGGGAAAAUGUGGCUGUUCAGGACUCCUUAGCAACAGUACGUUUCCAUGACCUCCUAGCCCAGCUGGAUGAUCAACACAGCCGCUUCGCCCUGGAAAACAACUUCCUGCUACAACACAACAUCCGCAAGAUCAAGAGAAACCUCCAGGACCACUUUCAGGAGGACCCCGUUCACAUGGCCAUGAUCAUCUCCAGAAACCUGAAGGAGGAGCAGAAGAUCCUGGCUGCUGCCAAAAGCAUAGAGACCAACAGAGAAAACACACAGACUAGCAUGGUUCUGGAGAAACAAAAACUGGACAACAAAGUCAAAGACAUGAAAAACAAGGUUCAGGAAGCGGAUCAGAAUGUAAAGUCUCUGGAAUACCUUCAAGAUGAGCAUGACUUUAAGGAAAAUACUCUUAAGAACAGAGAACAUGAAAUGAACGGGCUGACACCGAAACAGCUGGAACACGAGAAGCUGCUGAUUGCAGAGAUGUGUUUGAAGCUGAAGAUCAAGAGAGGGGAAGUGGUUGGCCAGUUGGCGGAGGUGCUCAACAUGGCCGAGGCGGUCCAGUCAGACCUGAUCUCAGAGGAGCUGGCGGAGUGGAAGAAGAGGCAGCAGAUCUCCUGUAUCGGAGGACCACCCAACGCAUGUCUGGACCAACUGCAGAACUGGUUCACAGCGGUGGCGGAAAGCCUGCAGCAGGUGAGGCAGCAGCUGAAGGAGCUCCAGGAACUAGAGCAGAAGUACACAUACGACAACGACCCAAUCAAACAGCAGAAAGGCUUCCUGGAGGGGCGGGCCCUGACACUGUUCCGGAACCUCCUAGAACAUUCCUUGGUGGUGGAGAGACAGCCCUGUAUGCCCACACAUCCACAGAGACCUCUGGUGCUGAAGACACAGGUGCAGUUCACUGUCAAGCUCCGAUUUCUUGUGAAGCUCCAGGAAUUCAAUUAUCAACUCAAAGUGAAAGCUUUGUUUGACAAGGACGUUACAGAAAAGAAAGGGUUUCGUAAGUUCAACAUAUUGGGCACCAACACAAAAGUUCUGAAUAUGGAGGAGUCAAAUGGAAGCCUGGCUGCAGAGUUUCGCCAUUUGCAACUGAAAGAGCAGAAAGUAGCCGGCAACAGAACAAAUGAGGGGCCUCUCAUUGUGACAGAGGAGCUGCACUGCAUCUGCUUUGAGUCUGAACUCAACCAGUCAGGUCUGGAGCUCAAGCUAGAGACCAUCUCCCUGCCCAUCGUGGUCAUCUCCAACGUCAGCCAGUUGCCCAGUGGCUGGGCCUCCAUCCUGUGGUACAACAUGCUGACCAGCGAACCCAAGAACCUGAAGUUCUUCCUGAGCCCUCCUGCAGCAUCCUGGGGUCAGCUGUCUGAGGUGCUGAGCUGGCAGUUCUCCUCUGUCACCAAGAGGGGACUCAAUGAAGAGCAGCUAGGCAUGCUGGCCGACAAACUACUGGGCCAGAAAGCACAGAGGAAUCCUGAGGGCCUUAUCCCCUGGACCAAGUUCUGUAAGAGUCUCAAUGAGAAGAGCUUUCCCUUCUGGCUGUGGAUCGAAGCUAUCCUGGACCUCAUCAAGAGACACCUGCUGUCCCUGUGGAACGAUGGUUGCAUCCUGGGCUUUGUGAGUAAGGAGAGGGAGAAGGCCCUGCUGACUGGGAAGUGUCCAGGCACGUUCUUGCUGCGCUUCAGUGAGAGUAGCAGAGACGGAGCCAUCACAUUCACUUGGGUGGAACACGACCAAUACAAUAAGCCUGUAUUCCAUGCAGUGGAGCCCUACACCAAGAAGGAACUGUCUGCCGUCUCUCUGCCUGACAUCAUCCGCACCUACAAGGUGAUGGCAGCUGAGAACAUCCCAGAGAACCCACUCCGCUUCCUCUACCCAGACAUCCCCAAAGACAAGUCCUUCGGAAAGUACUACGCUAGGGCCUCAGAGGCAUCGGAGCCCAUGGAUGUGGAGAGCUCCAGCAGCACAGGGUACAUGAAGACAGAACUCAUAUCAGUGUCAGAAGUUCACCCAUCUAGACUGCAAGACAACAUGAUGCCCAUGUCGCCAGACGUGUUCGGAGAGCUGAAGAGGAGCGUUGCACCAGUGUUCCAGUGUUGGACUGGUCCUAAGGAAAUUGAUGCUGUG